AUGCUGAGGAAGUGUCUUCACCCUACAGAGGAGUUAGUGGCUAGGAUUCCAGAGGAUCUUCAGCCAGAUUUGACAGUGCCGGCAGUGCCUGUGAGGAUUUUAGAGAGGAGGGAAAAGGUUCUGAGGAACAAGAGGAUUCCCUUACUGAGGAUUUUGUGGGAUUGCAGUGGUUCUACAGAGGAGACUUGGGAGCCAGAGGCAAAGAUGAAGUUGAAGUUCAGGAAGUGGUUCGACAAGCAGGUCGAGGAAAUUUUUACUCUAAGGAUUGCGAUCCUGAAUAACUCAUCAUGUUUUUGGAGACUUCGUUCUCUGGCAGACUCUCUGGGUGCAAGUAGGCCUCAGUUGAGUGUAGCUUAUCUGGGUGCAAGUAGGCCUCAGUAUAAGCAGUUUAGUUCAUCUGGGUGCAAGUGGGCCUCAGUAUGGACGGUUUCGGGUUCGUCUGGGUGCAAGUGGGCCUCAGUGCGGACCGGUGUGGACUUGUCUGGGUGCAAGUGGGCCUCAGUACAAGUGGUUUUACCUAUUCCUAUCCCUGAUUCUGCAAGUGCACAGGUCAGGUGUAGUAACGGGUUAUCGAACACAAGGAGCAGAUAA